AUGCAGGGAUACCAAAAAAUUGAAUGUAUAAAAAAAUAUACAAAUUAUAAAGAUGAAAUUGAACGCAAAAUUGGUGAAUUGCUUACUAAAAAUGAUAGUUAUUUUUGUAGAAAAUGCCAUACAAUAAAAACAGAUAUAACUAAAAAAAAUGAUGAAUUAAAAGACUGUUAUAAGAUUAAAUCAAUAUCACAACCAUUAAUUGAAAGUUAUGAUAUAAAGGGUUUUAUAGACGAAUGUACUGCAUAUCAUCAAUGUAUUAAAAAUCGCUCAUCACGCCGUAGUAAACAUGAUGCUUCAAAACGCGAAUCAGAAAAAAAAUGUUCAGGAAAUCUGCCUUGUGAACAAAAAACAGCAGCAACAGUCUCACACAAAGCUAAAACACCAUCGAGAUUAUCUUCAGAAAGCUCUAGUGCGAGAACCCCACAAAGGCAAAGACAACAAAUUCAAACUGAAAAUCCUGCAGAUAGACGAGAAUCAGGUAAACGGAACGCUGUUUUACAGCCACAACAGGUCGUAAAGCGUCCCACUAGUUCUAUUGAACCUAAAAGUGAAGUAUCUGAAUCUGUAACUAAUCAUCCGUCUUGUGCUCCUGCACAAGUAGAAACCCUUCCAAAACUUUCAUCUUCAGCUCCUUCAAAAGAUGAUAAAUUAGGUCCACCUCCAAGUGAUAAAGAAUCACAAAACAUCGCUACUGAGGAUUCCGAUCCGGGAAAUACUUUCCAUGUAAAAGAUUCACUUGAAAGACCAGUCCAUCUUAAUUUAUCUGGUGGUCAAGAUGCAAGUGGUAAUACUCAAGUUGAGCCCGUUUCUUCUGGGACGCCUAUUGUAAAUGAAGCUCAUGAUGAUCAAUCCGUCACUAAAGAAACUUCCGUUAGUUCUCCUCUUACUGAAACAUCCCUUGUUAGUGGAGAAGGAAGUAAUGGAAAUCCCAUUGUCAGUGCUACUGGUAUAGGAGAUAAGGAAAAGUUAGCUGCUAAUGGUGUACAUACUGUUAGAGUGGGUAUUAAUGGUUCACCUUCUGGAGAUUUAACUACUAGUGGUCAAAUAGCUAACGAUGUGUCUUCUCCUGGUACAUCUACGGAAGUAAAAGCUUCUGAUUCCAAUGAUCCUAGUCAUUUUUCUACUGGUAGUGAAGCUUCUUCUGGCAUGGAAGACAAUUAUGUCGUUAGUCUAAGUGAAAGUGACCAUAAUCAAGCUGUAGUUACUGAAGAUGUUGGAGAAGAAACUCGUUGUAGUGAAGAAGAUGUAAGUCUACCACACAAUGGUGCAAUUCCUUGUACCGCAACAAAAAAUACAGAGAUAACUGUUGAUAAUAAUAUAUUAGCUACACUUAGUAAUAUAUUUGGUGUAAUACAAGCCAAUAAAGAUAAUGUCACAAAUACUUCAAUACCCGUAGGAAUUGUUCUGUUAUUGGGCCUUCUUUUUAAAUACACACCUUUGUGGAGUUUUCUUACUAAGAGGAAAAGGAAGAAACAAUUGCAUAUGAACGAAAAGCUACAGAGGGUACUACAGCAACCUUCAAGUGGAAGUGAAACAAGAAGUAUCCCAUUUUCAUAUAGUGCUUUCGAGUAUUCAUCAGAGUGA